UUGGAGGUGAACCUGAGCCCUGCCUGUGAGUCGCGAACCGCCUGGAUGUCUGAGAUGUUGGAGCGCAUGGCAUCCAGAUUAGUGGAGGUCCUACAGCAAGGCGACGCCUUCACCUCGGACGGCCGGGCGCCGGACUGGCACCUGAUCUGCGACGAGGGGCCGGAGGACGGCGCCUUCUCGGAACACCCGGCGACGUCGCCCGUGGCGCCGGCGCACAGUGAGGAGCCUCAAACCUGCCGUAGGGAGGCAGGUACGGAGCUGGCGGACGUUUGGGGGCAGAGGGCCUUGAACUUGACGCUGCUGGGCAAAUCCGUCAGCCGUCGUUUCUUGCGGCGCCUGGAUCAGAUCUGGCGCCGCAAUGAGGCGCAGACGACCAUCGCGGCCCUGUGGCGCGGCUGGGCCCUGCGACAACGGAUGCGGCAAGAGCGCUGGCGGAUGGCCGGAGUGGUGUACCACCGCUGUCGCCAGCGCGCCUGGCUGAACUUGCUGCGCCUGGGGCUCUUCCAGCACCGCCGCGGGCCGGCUGCGAAGAUGAUCUCAACUGUGACCCAGUGCUUCCUUUGUCGGACAAAGUUGCAAGAGGCGAGGAGGCGGAAGGAGGCACUGCGCAUUCAGAGUUCUUGGCGCGGCCACCGUGGCCGCCGCCGCGCGGCCACGCUGCGGCGCCGCCGCGCGCGGCGCGGCUGCAGCGCUGGUGGCGCAGCGCCCAGCUGCGGCGGCGCCUGGUGGCGAAGGGACGCAUCCUGCGAUGGCGGGGCCCGGGAAGGGUGGCGCCGGCUGCAUGCCCUGCGUUGCUGUGCCGCGGCACGGAUCCAGGCGACGGUCCGGAGGUGGGCCGCCCAAAGGCGUUACACGUUGCUCUCCCAGCACGUCUGGCGACCCACACGAAGGCUCGCCCUGCUGAUGGCUGCCGUACGCUGGCGUUGCUGGAGGACGCAUUGCCAGGUUUCAGACACCGCGGUGCGGCUGCAGCGCUGCUUCCGGGGCUUUCUUGGACGCCGAUCGGCCAAGGAACGCCGCUUGCUGCGAGAGACCUUUGGUAGCUGGCACAUGCAGGCGGGUCCCUUACGCCGCGCAGCGCGGCUUCGGCUGCAGCGCUGCUGGCGUGGCCUUCGGGACCGGAGACGCUGCGAGGCGCGGCGCAAGGCGCUGCGUCGGCUGCAGUCCGCCCUGCGGCGGCAAAUCUGUUGCAAGCAACGACGCUGGCGUCGAGCGGCCAUCCUGGUGCAACGAAGAUUCCGCGGCUUCAGAUGUUCCAAGCGCUUUCGGCAUAGCAUCCGAAUGAUCAUGAUGAUCCAGCGGGGCUUUCGUUGCUGGCUUUCCAGGCGCCGUUUGGCAAUGCUGCAGCGCUUUGCCGCGCGACGCCGGAAGUGGCUGAAGCAGGAUGCCGAACCGAGCCCGGUUGAAACGACCGUGCUGAUUAAGGACGAAGAUGCGACGACCCAAAGCUCUACGCGGCCGGAGAGCGAAGCCCCUGAUGCCUCCUCCGCGCGCAGCGCGACGGACGAGAUGGACAUUUCCAUCGGUCUGAUCGAUGUACCGGAGCCUGAAGUGAGGCCUCCGGAUCCGGGGCCUGGUGGCAUCGGAGAUGAGACGCUUUUGAUGGCGCGGAAUCUGGUGGAGGCCGCGGAUCCAGUGGUUACACACCAAACGCUGGGACUGCGAAAGUGCGAAAAAUCCCAGUGGGAGAUGGAGGGAGCCAACUAA